CCAACAGGAAAAGGCCCUGGCCCAUCCCCAUGGUGACCGAGGUGUAUAUAGGAGCCGCAUCCGCCCAUGUACCGCAGGUUCUCUUACAUCGACCGCCUAAGAGUCGCGCUGUAAGAAGCAACAACCUCUCCUCUUCGUCUCCGCCAUCUGCUCGGCAGCCGCGCAGCAGCAACCAUGCGUGAGUGCAUCUCCAUCCACGUUGGCCAGGCUGGUGUCCAGAUUGGUAAUGCCUGCUGGGAACUCUACUGCUUGGAACAUGGCAUCCAGCCUGAUGGCCAGAUGCCAAGUGACAAGACCAUUGGCGGGGGAGAUGACUCCUUCAACACCUUCUUCAGUGAGACAGGCGCUGGCAAGCAUGUGCCCAGGGCAGUGUUUGUAGACCUGGAACCCACAGUCAUUGAUGAAGUUCGCACUGGCACAUACCGCCAGCUCUUCCACCCAGAGCAGCUCAUCACAGGCAAGGAAGAUGCUGCCAAUAACUAUGCACGUGGGCACUAUACCAUUGGCAAGGAGAUCAUUGACCUCGUCUUGGACAGAAUUCGUAAACUGGCUGACCAGUGCACAGGUCUCCAGGGCUUCUUGGUUUUCCAUAGCUUUGGUGGAGGAACUGGUUCUGGGUUCACCUCCCUCCUGAUGGAACGUCUCUCUGUUGAUUAUGGCAAGAAGUCCAAGCUGGAGUUCUCCAUUUACCCAGCCCCCCAGGUUUCCACAGCUGUAGUUGAGCCCUACAACUCCAUCCUCACCACCCACACCACCCUGGAGCACUCUGAUUGUGCCUUCAUGGUAGACAAUGAGGCCAUCUAUGACAUCUGUCGUAGAAACCUCGACAUUGAGCGCCCAACCUACACUAACUUGAAUAGGCUGAUAGGUCAAAUUGUGUCCUCUAUCACUGCUUCCCUCAGAUUCGAUGGAGCCCUGAAUGUUGAUCUGACAGAAUUCCAGACCAAUCUGGUGCCCUAUCCCCGCAUCCACUUCCCUCUGGCCACAUAUGCCCCAGUCAUCUCUGCUGAGAAAGCCUACCAUGAACAGCUUUCUGUAGCAGAGAUCACCAAUGCUUGCUUUGAGCCAGCCAACCAGAUGGUGAAAUGUGACCCUCGCCAUGGUAAAUACAUGGCUUGCUGCCUGUUGUACCGUGGUGAUGUGGUUCCCAAAGAUGUCAAUGCUGCCAUUGCCACCAUCAAGACCAAGCGUACCAUCCAGUUCGUAGAUUGGUGCCCCACUGGCUUCAAGGUUGGCAUUAAUUACCAGCCUCCCACUGUGGUACCUGGUGGAGACCUGGCCAAGGUACAGCGAGCUGUGUGCAUGCUGAGUAACACCACAGCCAUUGCUGAGGCCUGGGCUCGCCUGGACCACAAGUUUGACCUGAUGUAUGCCAAGCGUGCCUUUGUUCACUGGUACGUGGGUGAGGGGAUGGAGGAAGGAGAGUUUUCUGAGGCCCGUGAGGACAUGGCUGCCCUUGAGAAGGAUUAUGAGGAGGUUGGUGUGGAUUCUGUUGAAGGAGAAGGUGAGGAAGAAGGAGAGGAAUAUUGAAGUUAAUGUCACAAAGGUGCUGCUUUUACAGGGAAGCUUAUUCUGUUUUAAACAUUGAAAAGUUGUGGUCUGAUCAGUUAAUUUGUAUGUAGCUGUGUAUGCUCUCAUAUACAAUUGCUGACCUAUGCUUUAAAAUGUGAAUGCUCUGUAACGGACCCAAGCUGUCCAUUUCUCUGAUGGGUUUUGAAUAAAGUAUUCCCUGUCUCA